AACAUAUCAUAGUUUUGUUUAUGUGGAUACGUGUGUGUACAAACGACGCUGGCAAUACAGGAUUUACACCUGAAUAGAUUUAUUCAUUUCCAUCUUUGUUGUUUAAAAUCAACAGAAUACUAGUUAAUCACUUUCAUAAUUGAUAAAUAUGUACACGGAGUGAGAAGGCGAAAUUAUUUGACUGUUUAACGUGGAUAUUUAACAUGUUAUUGAAAAUGAAUUUUUAAUAGUCUACGAAACAAUUCUACUGAGUUACACCUACAAAGCUUAUACUUUCAUGCGACACUUGUAUAUUCUCAUAUAUCACCAUUCAAAUAUUUCCAAUGGAUUUAACUGUUAAUUAAUUCACGCUUGAACAUCAUUAAUUUUAAUUGAGUUGGUCAACGAGAAACACAAUUAACAACAAACAGUUUUUUUUUUAUUUUACCAACAAAAAUUAAAUCAAACAAACAAACAAACAAACAAACACUUAUCAUCAUUCAUCACUAUUAUUAUUAUUAUUAUUAUUAUUCAGCGUAUGAAGUAUAAACGAUUCAAUUUUCAACAUUUUUAUUCAAUUUUACAAUGUUACACAAAUUAUAUUCAUCUAUAAUUCAUUAUUGUGUAUUUGGAUUAAUUUAUUCAUUACUAUUACCACUAUUAUUAUUGUUAUCUAUUGAAACUUCAUUCAUAUCAAUAUGGAUUAAUGGACAAUCUGUGAACAGUUUAUCCAAUUCAGCAUCAGAUACUCGUCAACCACGUAGUCCAACACGUUUGGGUUAUUUAAUACGUGUUGGUCAAAGCUUAAAUUUAACAUGUCCUGGUGAUGCUGUGUUUUAUCAAUGGAGUCUUGUUGAUCAACCAUCACAAAUAUUAUCAGAAGAACAAUUUUACACAAUUAAAUCAGCUACAUUGAAGGAUUCUAAUCGUUAUAUAUGUCACGCUGUACAUGGUUAUGGAAGAAGUUCCGUUGAAAUGUCUGUUCGUGUUAUAGAUUUCUCUUCAAUAACAGCACAGCAUGAAUGUGCUGUAGGCAGUAAAACAGGGAAUGUCAAUACAAAUGGACCAUGUUUUUUGACAAGUUUGACAGAUAGAGAAUUGAACCCAACCAAAUCAUGGGGUGAUCAUAUUAUUUUUGAUUGUGAUGCUGUUAUGACUGGAACUGACGGUUCAUUGGACAACUUAAUUUAUCAGUGGGAAUUUAUUAGUAAUGUUAACAAUAACAUGAAUAAUAAUUUACGAUCUGUUAAACAAGCGAGCAAUAGUGGAUCAGAUGCAUCAAAUACUAUUAUUCAUAGACAACGUCUUCUAGUUCGGGCACCAUCUGUGGUUGGUACAGUUUCUCAUAACAAUUAUGAUAAUGUUAAUAAUAAGUUUGAUUUAAGUCAAUUUCAUGAAUCACAACUACGUAUUGAUAAACUGACUUUAGAUCACAACGGAGAAUAUCAAUGUACUGUAAGAACAAGAUUAACUACAUCUGGAGCAAAGGGAGGAGGAGGAGGAGGAGGAGCAACAAUGAACAAUUAUCAUCAAAUCCCACCAAUGAUUACAAGAAAAUUUCGGUUGACUGUCAAAUCACGGAUCGAUGGGUCAAUAAUUGAAGGACCUCAUAUUAUCAAUGAAACAGUUGAAGCCGGUCGAGAUGCGAUAUUUCACUGUCAAGUCAAUCCCGAAGAACAUCGAUCAAGUACAAUCAGAUGGGGUAAAAGUAUAGAUAUUAAUGAACGUUUAGCUUAUGAAGCCGAAGGAAGAGAAGUUAUUCAAUGGGCUGGUGGGACAUUUGUUGUUCUUCCAAGUGUACCAACUUCAUUAGCUUUAAAUCAUAAUUCAAACAUGCCAUCAGACACUUUGUUUUCACCUAAACUAUCAGCCCUGAGACCUUCAUCUUCAUCUUCUUCUGAAUUAUCAUCAUCGUCGUCGUCGUCAUCAUCAUCAGUGGCAGCAACACUACCUUCGGGUGCUGUAGCUACUGAGGUUUCAUCGAGUCAAAGUAGUCAACUUCUAUUAAGACAAGCUAGUCAAUCAGAUUCUGGACGGUAUGUAUGUUCUGUAUUAACUGAAGCUGGACGAGAUGAUCAUAAAUUUGUUCAAAUAUCUGUAGUUGGCGGAUCCUUAGUUCAAGGUCAUAAAUUGACUGGAAGUAGUGGAACACAUCGAUUAACUUUAUACAUUGCUAUACCGACUACUAUAUUUUUCAUAUGUUUGUGUGUAGUAACAUACUGUUUGAUCAGUCGACGUACAGCUCAUAAUCGACGUGCGUCUAAUGUUCGACAUCAGCGUAAUUAUUUUAAUGCUGUACAACAAUCACAAAUUAAAUCAUCUUCAGUGGCAAGCGGUAGUUCAAUUGGUGUAUGUCGUAAUGGUGGUAUAAAUGGUCAUACUACAAUCACCAGUGAUAAUCGUUUGAGAACAUCUCCAACCGGUACAGCAUUAGGUACUACAUCAAUAGGUUAUCCAUCAGUUAAUGGUACCAAUUCCAUGAUUAGUUGUAAUAAUAAUAAUAAUGGUGCGAUUAAUACACAAUUAUCAACUCCAAAUUUUCAAGUUAAUUUACACGGUACUGUACCAAUGAUACCGGGAGGUUAUCCUGUUUUAAUUCAAUCCAUUGGCGGUAGUCAACAACCAGUAUCAUCACCAUUUUAUUCUGUACCUGAGGCUAGGUCAUUAUCAACGUAUGGCCAAAAUGUAUCACCUGUUACAACUGGAAAUAAUUCAGAAUUUAUUAUGGGCAAUAUGAAUGCAACUACAACGAACAAUAGUAAUAGUAUAGCUUGUUAUCCGAACGGUUUAAUUUAUCCUAUACAAAGUGGUCAUAUUAUCAACUCGAAUGUUUCAAACCUUGCAUCAAAUUCAAUGUUCAGCUCAUCACCGGAGUCUUCAACUUCUGGAAUAAAUAGUAAAAUUGAACCGGUUGAAGGUAGAUUAAUGUUCCGUCCCCAACCAGCAUUAAUUAACAAUUACAAUUUAAAUAGUAAUACAGCGAACAGUAGCAGUAAUAAUAACAGUGAUACAAUUAGACGUUUUGGUCAAUCAACUGGAAUUAAUACCUCAAAUUAUGAAAUGACUAUCACUAAUACACCAUCAGCAUUAUCAUCUUAUCCAAAUCAUGUUAAUACAUAAUAUUCCUCUCUCUCUCUAUUUCUAUGUAUCUGUAUAUUACUCCAUCUAUUUGUCCAUAUGUACGUAUGGAUUGUUUAUGCGAUUUCAGUUUUUAAUCAUAAACAAUGUAAUAACAGUAGAACGAUAAACCAUAAUAGGAAACAGGGUAUUUAACAGGUUUCUUUCUUUCGCUCUCUCUCUCUCUCUCUCUCUCACUCACUCUCCAUUCAUGUUUAUCAUUUAUUUUAAAAGAAAUCAUUCUAUGUAUAUAUUUAUCUUGUUAUUAAAUAAAGAACUUAUAUAUAUUUAUUUUAUUGAUGUGAGGAGUGGGGAAGAAUAUUGUUUACCUACUUGUCUCUCUGUCUCUCCCUCUCCUUUUAAUUUUCCUGUGCAAGUAUAUGUUUGUCAGUAGUUUCUGUGGUUUUAUUAAAAAAGUUUACUUAUCCUUGUCAAAACACCUGGUAAAAACUUCUCCAUGUAGAAUUCUACGAUAGUACCACCAUCAAUUAAAAAAAACAAGCAACAAAAAAUCAACAAGAAUAUGGUGAAAAGACAAUAAAGAAGAUGGUCAUCUCUAUUGAUGAAAAUCCCACAUAUACAAACGCAUUUGUCACUGAUAGAAAAUAUAUUAUUUUGACUCUCCAAGUGUCUUUCUUGUUUUAGGAAAAACCAUACCAUAGUAGCAAUAAUAAUAGUUACCAUUGAUAACAGACAAUAUUAUAUUUGUAAUUUCAUUUAAAAUUCUUCUUCUUUUUCCAUCUUUCUUAUCGUUACAUGAUUAUUGUACCUUUCCCAUUCCCCCCUCUCAACAAAUCUUUGAGAACAACAAAACAUAGUCACUGUUAGUUGUUUGUACAAAAUGAUGGAAUUAUUUGUGAUUAGGAAUGAUGGAUAAACAUUGUUGGUUCGAUUUGGGAUUUAUUUUAUGUAUGUAUAAGGUGUAAUGAUGACAUUACAUAAUAGGCGUGACAUAAAUUCUUUUUCGUCUAGUCAACUAACAUUUUUUGGAUCAAACUUUUUAAAUGAAUGAGGAGGCAAACAUAAUUUUAAAAAAAAAAGAAACCAUAUCACAAUUUGUUUGUUUGUUUGUUUAUCUGUAAGCAUCAUCUUCAUUUUGUUUAGGAUUAGAUCAUUUAGUCUGUAUAACAUUUCUUAUCAGCUGGGUGUUUUGUUUUUGUUUUUUCUUUGCAUAUUUAUAUGAUUUUAUAUUUUAAUGAUUGAAAUUCUAUGUUAUUUUUAUUGAUUGCAAAUUAUACUACUUGUAUGAGAUAUAUAUAUAUCGUAACUAUGACAGUUGACACCUCAGUUCUUUACAGUCAUGAUAUAUACACAUGAACUCUCUAUACAUUAAAAACAAGAACUCUAACCAAUUAUACAGAUCAUUUCAAUUUUAGUCCUCUAUAUACAUUCAAUUAUGUAAUGAUGAUAUUUCACUCUGAUCAUCUCUUAAUAGUAGUAAACUUAAAGUUAUAUUUCCAAGUUAAACUUAUUACAUAACCAUAAUACGCGCACAGUGUUCAAUCACGCAUUGUCAUAAGUAUGAUGAUUAUGUUUCAUUUAAACAUUAUUAUUAUUAUUGGUUUUGUAUUGAAAAAACAAACAAACGCUAAAGACAUCCAUCGGUUGAAACAGGGUAUUUGUAAAUGUAUUUGCCAAAUCUAUUUGUAUUAACAUAUUCAACUCUAAAAAUCUCUACAUUAUUGAAUUCUCCAGUGAAUUAAUCUACAUUUGUUUUAUGUAAUCACACAGUGUACUAAUAUUAUUACUAUUAUUAUUAUUACUACUACUACUACCAUUACUUGUUUUAAAUAAUAUAUUUUAUUUGAAGAAAA